AUUUCCUUAUGUCGAGUGUUUGAAUCCCUUAAUUCUCAAUUCUUUUCUGUCUCCAUACGUUUUUCUAUAUAUAAUCGGUUCAUCGCCUCGUCCACCAACUCAAAUCAAAAUCAAGUUAUCCUUGAUGUUUAUUGUUUUCUUUUACAUUUGCGUUUUGUAUAUUCAUCGUCAUUUACAAGAGCAUUAAGAUUAUUUUUGGUUUUUUUUUGUUUCACACUAUUGUAUCAGAGCAUACGCAAUACAGAGACUGCAAAAAUCAUAGCAAUCUACUAUUCUAGAGCCAAUGUAAUGCUAACAAUCCAAGAAGCAGUCGAAGCUGGAUUACACCAACCUAUAAUUAAGCAAUUCAAGUUUUCGAGACUUAGACAUCUUUCCUAAAAACCUAUGUGCAAUUCACACCUAGGGUGUUAUUUUCCCUAAAUAUAUUCAUUUAC